AUGCUGUCCUGCCUGAACCCCCUACCAUCUCUCCCAGCAUAUACUGGUCCUUACGCCGUCGGCUCCACCGAGUACGAAAUCCCGCUAUCCUCUCUCUCCUUACCAGCUCUCCCCGAGCACAUCUCACUCUCGACUAUCAAAUUCCGGCUCUUCUAUCCCACCACCGGCCCUGACUCUAACUCUUAUGGUAUCCCCUGGCUCCAACAACCCCAGACAGCCUAUCUAAACUCGUACCUCCGCCUCGCCGGCAUAAAACCCUUUUUAUCUACAAUUCUGCUCUCAGUCCCAUUCUAUCUCCGCACGACGCAGAUCCCAGCAUACGCGAAUGCCCCGAUGUCGUACGAUGGCGCAAAAUUGCCGGUCCUCAUCUUCUCUCACGGGCUCGUGGGCAAUAUGAACACGCACAGCGCGAUCCUCGGCGAUCUCGCGAGCCACGGCGUGUUCUGCCUAGCGAUAGAGCACCGUGACGGCAGCGGGCCGCUAAGCAUGGUCCGAAGCGCUAAAGCCAGCGGCGCUGGAGCCGAUGAGGCAGCCCCAACGGAAGUGACGAGUGUUUCUUUCAAGCAAAUCUCGCUGAAGAUCAAGCCGGGUGUGUACGAGCAAAGGGAUGAGCAAUUACGCACCCGGCUGUUUGAAAUGAUGGCAGCGUAUCGCGCGGUGGAGAUGCUCAAUGAAGGAGGACCUUUUGGCAAUCUGGCGAGUGAGGCAGGCAGGGAUGGGUCUGCUUUUGCAAUGCCGAAAGGUGUGUUGGAUAUGACGCCGGGCAGUGUAAUAUGGGCGGGUCACUCCUUUGGCGGGACGACGAUUGUGCAGUUCGUCAAGGCAGUGUAUUACUGUGGUGAGAGACAAGAUGCGACUUGCUUGCUCUGGCACGACCCGUCGCCGGGUCUAAAAGCGCAGAUCACGCCGAGUUCGCCUGUCGUGCUGCUGGAUCCGUGGUUCUUGCCACUUAAGUCGCCGAAGACGGAGGCGUUGUUAGGCAUGCCAAUGCCUUGCCAUCACUCAAGCACCGGCGAAAAGUCGAGAACAGUAGCGGUGUGUUGUUCAGAAUUCGCCUACCACUGGCCGCAGUGUCAUUCGUACAUGCCUGCUAUCGUGGCGGAAGACCCGACGAGCGUCAGAAUUCAGACGGACGAGGAGUAUCGCGAAGAGUUUGCCAAGUACAGGAGUCCGAGGGAGUUCAUGAAUAAGAGUAAAGAGGCAAGAGCGAUGUCGAAGGCGGAGAUCGAGGUCUCUCAGAAGGUGACUGCAAGACAGGAAGGAUCUAAAGUAUCGAUGUACGUGCUGCAUGACACUACGCAUAUCACGCACUGUGAUUUUGGGGUCAUGUUCCCGUGGUUGACGUACUGGUUUACCGAGCAGAAACGGCCGGUUUUGGCCACCAGGAACGUUGUGCGUUGUAUAAUGGCGGCAGCUGGACUGGUGGAAGUGGAUGAUGCUGCGGAGGUAGCUGGUAGUGGUGGUAAUGGACAAGUGCAACUGGAGAGGGUUCAGUGA